UUUUCACUUUCAUUUCUAGAAAAAUGGCAGGUUCCGGGUUUUGUUUGGAAGCUGUCAAGAAAUUUAUGAUUGAUAAUGACUGUAAAGUAACUAACCACGAACUCGUCACCCAUUUUAAGAGUUAUUUGAAUGACCCUGACGACAAAUCACAAAAGUUAAACAGAGAAAAAUUCAAAGAGUUUGUGAAUACAUUGGCUGGAAUAAAGACUGAUGAGAGGGGGGAGAAAAUUCUUGCAUUAAAAAAGAAAUUCAGACCAGAUAAUGUCAUCACUGCCUCUACCAAGCAAGAUCUGGUUCCGUCAGGCCUGUCAGAUACCUUCACUGGAGACUAUGGAGUUCAAGAAAUUAAGGGUGUUCCCAAAACCCAAAGUGCUGGCAGUAUCAGUACCAGCACUGAUCAGCCUUCAGAAUUCAGUUCAACCCACCUAUCCAAUGCCUCAUCAAUUUCUUCAGUAGCAUCAACAAAUUCAGGGCCCGUGACAUCAGAGGAUGAUGUUAAUGCCUCAGUGGUAAGCGUCAAGGAACGAGCUCUUCACCUGAAUCGAAUGGAAUCUGAAAGUGAAAUGCAGAAAAUCGUAGAGGACCAGAGAGUUAAAGGACAGCAAAGCCAAACCAGAAAUACGACAAAGGACAAAUAUGGAGAGACGGACGAUGAUUCACACUCUUCAGGGAGUUGUUUCGUAUCGCUGGAUUCUGAGGAGAAAGAGUGGGUAGUAUUAAGCUCUACUUCAGAAUAUCAUCCUAUGCACAAGAUGCUGACCAGAAACCCAAAUCUAGUUAAAGUUAAGGAUUUCACUAGUGGUGUAAGUAUAACUUCAUUUCUAUCGUUAAAAUUGUGACCGUCUAUAGAUUAAGGCAUUGGCCUAUGUGAAUUACCAAGAUGAUACUCAUCAUGAAUAUAAAUUCAUAUAAAUAAAUGUGUGUGUCCUAAAACUUUCCUUAUAUUUCUUUUCAUUUUCCAUUAUUUGAUGC